AUGGGAAAUAAAAAUGCAAAAUCUAAUAGGAACAUAUACUGAACAAAAUCUCAGACAAUCCGAGCAAACUUUGAUAGAUAUGUAUCAUCUGCAAGUGACUAUGAUCCUACUAAAAAAGACAUUGCAUUCGAUAUUGUCACAUUAGUUCUCCAUGAAAACAAAUUAUGUAGUUAUAUUAAUGACAAGCUAGAACACUCAAUAAUAAUGAACCAAAACCAGCAAAUUGCAGCAGAAGAUGCGUUUUUGAAUGAAAUAGUUUUAGGACUCCAGAUCAAUGGGAACUCAUACAUAUGGAAGCUCAGAACGCACUCUGUUGCCCAGUUUAUUCAAUGAAAAUUUGCACUUCUGGUGUCAAAAAGGCCUUCGUUGGAAAUUGCAAGACUUUGCUAUUCAUGCAAGAGACAUUUUGGAAUUUUUAGACGAUAUCACAGCUGUAGUAGCUGUGGAAAAUCUGUUUGCAAUAAAUGCUCUCCUUAUCUAGCGAAACUAGACUCACUUGGUUAUCUUGAUAUGCAAAGAGUUUGCAAAAAUUGCGUGAGGAAUCUUAAAAAGUUGAGGGAAAGUGAAGUUGGUAGCGCAAUUGAAAGGGCAAGGAUGCAGAGCAUAUCAUUAAUGAGAAUAAGAGUUCCGGCAACUAACUUGGAUCAGGGCUCGACAAAAAGCGUCAACUAUAUGGAUAUAUCUCCCAGAAUUGUAAAAUUAAGCUGGCUGACACGAUUCAGCACAAUAGAAUAG